CUAACGACAUUCUUCUUUGUUUAUAACCAUGGCAGAGCCAAAGCAUGUCCAUGCAACAUAUAAUGACAUCCACAAUAUCAUCAAGGUCUCAGCUGAAAAAAUAGCAGAGUUCAAGCCAAACAUGCUCAUAGCUAUUGGUGGACGUGGUUUCUUUCCCGCUCGCGUUCUGCGUACCUUUUUGAAAGAUGCUUCUACAAAAAGAAACAUCCCUAUCCAAGCCAUCGGUCUCUCUUUGUAUGAAUCUCUGCCAGGCACGACUGCAGAGCAAAUCGGUAGUGAAGUCAUCCGGACGCAAUGGUUGGGCCCUGAUUCGGGAAAGACCUUGAUUGGAAGAAGGGCCUUGAUCGUGGACGAAGUUGAUGAUUCCCGAAAAACCCUCCAUUACGCUUUGACGGAGCUCCAAAAAGACGUCGAACUUGAACUGGCUGCGUUUCCAGAAUCGGAACGUGAUGCUCUUCGCACCAAGUUUGCGAUCUUCGUGGUGCACAAUAAAUUGAAGCCCAAGUUCGCUCAAUUGCCGCCUGACAUACCAUACUAUGCAGGAGCUGAGAUAGACGAUCUUUGGCUGGAUUAUCCGUGGGAGGCCGGAGACAUAGAAGAGCACGACAGGCUUGCAGCAGCAGACAAGGAGAACAAGUGAGAAGAACAGAAGUGCACGAGAGUUGCAUAAAUGUAUCUUAGCGAGGUAGUGAUUGGAGGUUGUAGGAGUGAUGCUGUAAACUGUAUACUGCAGAGCAAUUCUAUUGGACGGAAGUAUUGUGGCUAUGGCAUUGGUUGACCGAGUCGGACACGGUCCUGAAUAAUCUUAGCGACAUCCCUGUGUUU